AUGUCCGCCAUCCCACCGCCACCCAUCAUCACCAUCAACGCGGCGUCCAACACGACAAUCUCUGGUCCAGGCUCAGCGGCCGCGGCCGCCGUAACGACAGCAGCGCCCUCCCAAACCAAAAACACCGCCCCCGCCGCCUCUUCACGGCCUCAGAAACCGGUCCUGGUCAAAACGUGCUAUCUCUGCGACGAGCAGAACCCGGGCGACUUCAGCCCGACGACCAAGUUUCUCGAACAGUGCCUCCUGUGCAGCCGGUACUUCUGCCCGAUCCACAAGUCCGAGCAGUGGGACCAGGUGUGCAACAUCAACCACAGCUCCUACUACCACGAGUGCCUCGACCGGGCGCGGGCCGAGCUCGCGAAGUCGUCGUCGUUGCCCGACGACGGCACCAACAAGCGCGCCUUGGCCGAACAGCUGAUCAACGAGGGGAUAUAUCCCAGCCUCGGGGAGCGGGAGAAGGCGAUCUUCUCGACGAGUCCAGUCAGUGAUGACAAGAUCCACGAAAUCGAACAAUUCAGAAGUCUCGAUGCAGCCCUGACGGGACAGCCGGUGAAAAAAGGCGCGCCGGUCGAAGAGGUCGAUCUGGUCGGGGCCGACAUUGCAGUGUGA